AUGUCGACACCAGCGAAAAGAAGACUUAUGCGUGAUUUUAAACGUAUGCAACAAGAUCCACCUAGUGGUGUAUCAGCAUCACCAUUACCCGACAACGUAAUGAAAUGGAACGCAGUAAUAAUAGGUCCAUCAGAUACACCAUUUGAAGAUGGUACAUUUAGAUUAAUAUUACAAUUUGAUGAUCAAUAUCCAAAUAAACCACCAAUUGUUAAAUUUAUAAGUGAAAUGUUUCAUCCAAAUGUAUAUGCAAGUGGAGAAUUAUGUUUAGAUAUUUUACAAAAUAGAUGGUCACCAACUUAUGAUGUUUCAAGUAUAUUAACAAGUAUUCAAAGUUUAUUAAAUGAUCCAAAUAUUUCAAGUCCUGCUAAUGUUGAAGCUGCUAAUUUAUAUAAAGAUCAUAGAAGUCAAUAUGUUAAACGGGUUAGAGAAACUGUGGAAACUAGUUGGAAUGAUGAAAGUAGUGAUGAAGAAGAUGAAGAAGACGAAGACGAAGAAGAAUAG